AUGAUCCUGGAUAGUGGUGGUGGUGCUGGUGGCGGUGGUGGUAGUAGUAGUGGUUAUGCUGCUGCUGCUGCUGCUACUGCUGCUAAUGCAGUAACAGUAGUAGCAGUAGUGACAAUAGUAGUAAUAAUAAUAGUAGCAGUAGUAUGUCUAUUUAUUGAUGAUGCUGGUGCUGAUGAUAAUGAUGAUGAUGAUGAUGACGAUAACGAUGAUGAUGAUGGUGAUGAUGAUGAUGGCGACGAUGAUGAUGAUGAUCAGCGAUAUUUGCCAUCAUUGCUUCACAUAUACGAAAAGCGCAGUCCGACACCAUCACUAGCCUAG